AUGGACGACAAGAGAAGCAGCAAAAAGUCCAGUUUGGAUGGUACCGUAAUCACACAACAACAUGUUCGAAAAUCGCUCGAGGAAGCAGAGAAAACACCACCUAAUGAUAUCGAGAGGCAGUUGCGGGCGAGGAGUGUUUGGUCGUCGUUGGGUGUGAUUGCGGCUACAACUUUAGCGAUGAUGGCCAAUACGGCCAAUGCAGCCAGUCCUGCUGUAGCGUUACCCACCAUUCAACGCGAACUUCACGUCGAACAGGUUGCUCUCGUUUGGAUCAUGUCAGCAUAUCCUCUUAGUGGCGGCUGUCUACUCCUCAUGUUUGGCCGCCUCGCAGAUUUAUACGGCAGGAAGAAGAUGUUCAUCUUUGGUAGUGUCUGGUUGGUUGCUUUAAGUCUUGGAUGCGGGUUCGCAAACAACGCUAUGACCCUCAGCAUUCUUCGUGGCAUUCAAGGUGUUGGUGCUUCAGCCACUGUUCCAGCUUGUCUCGGCAUCCUCGCACAAACAUUUCCCCCUUCUCAAUGGCGAUCUGUCGCCUUCGCCUCGUUCGCUGCCGGAGCGCCGAUAGGCGCAGCAUUUGGUACAGCCAUAGGUGGCGUUUUGACUCAAGUUACGCCAACGACUUGGAGAGCUGUGUUCUGGUUGAGUACUGGUUUGAGCGCGCUGUCACUUAUAAUUGGAAUGUUUGCGAUCGACCGCGAUCUUCCUUCGGAAGAGGAGGACCGACGUACCGACUGGCUGGGAGCCUUGUUUUCCACGAUCGCGUUGACUCUGAUUGUGUUCGUUUUGGGUCAAGGUGAAGAGGCCGUGCCGAAACAGUGGGGAACUGCAUAUAUCAUCGCCCUUCUCAUUGUCGGCGUUUUCUUCUUGGUCGUCUUCCUCCUUUGGCAACGCUUCUUGGAACAAAUCCAAGAUGGAAAACGGUCACCACCCCAAAGCGCGUGGAUACCUACCCCUCCUCCGUUGAUGAGAUUGAGCUUGUGGUCCAGAGCGAACGGGAAAGUAGCAGCCGUGAUGGCGAUUCAGUUCCUUCUUUCCUGUGGAUUCUUAGGCUGGCAAUUCUGGACUAUGUUAUACUACCAAAACUUCCUCGGUCUCGACGCCAUCGGAACUGUCGUCCGUCUCAUCCCAUCCUUCGUCACUGGAAUCCUCUGCAACGUCGUCGUUGCCCUAACCGUCUCUCGUCUCCCCCUUGUUGCGCUCAUGGCCGUUGGAACCCUCUCCUCCGCCCUCGCUGCCCUCCUCUUCGCCAUCAUCGUACCCGAAGUGACCUAUUGGGCCUACGGAUUCCCAGCUGCCAUUUUCGCCGUUGUCGGAGCCGACUUCGUCAUGUCCAGCGGUACCCUCUUCAUCGCCAAAGUAAGCCCACCCCACGAACAAAGUGUAGCUGGAGCUGUUUUCCAGUGUAUGCAACAGUUGGGAACGAGUAUUGGUGUGACGGUAGGAACGGUGGUGUUUAAUAGGCUUAUAAGACAAAAGACGGGGAGUGAUUCGCAGGUUACGGCACCGAGAGAGGUGUUGUUGGAUAGUUAUAGGGCUGCGCAGUGGACGAAUUUCGCGUUUGCUAUUCUUGCUGCUAUACUCGCCAUCAUCUUCCUCCAAGGAGUGGGUAUCGUCGGUCACCGCGCUGCCAAACAUGAACAUAUCCGUACGAUGACGAAAGAAGAGAUUGAAUCGUUACAUUUACCUUGUAGCAGUGCCCAUCCCUACGCCGGAGCGCUAGGGGCGCUUAUACCCGCUGGUGAACUGGAACAUCUCAAUGAGACGGGAUCUAGACGGAGAUCGAUGCGGAGACCCUCUGCGUAUGCUAUUUCCGAGUAUUCCCUCAGUCAAGAUGAAGAAGCCCAAGGAGGGCCAGGGGGGGCCGGUUUGAGGAAUCUUAGAGGCAAGACAGAAGCGUUGUUAAGUGCACUUGAGGAAGAACAACAGAAGAGUCAUCGAUUGAGGGAGGAAAAUGCGGAUUUGUUGGCGCGGAUUGCUCAGGUUGAGAAGGAGAUGGAGAGAUUGGAUCCAAGUGUGGGUGGGGAGUUGAGGGCAGUGUUGAUGAAAACGAGGAGUGAGAGGGGGACGUGGGAGGAGAAUAUGAGGAAUGAGAAUGGGGAGUUGAGGGAGAGGUUGACGAGGGCUGAGGGGGAGUUGAGGAGGAUGGAUGAUAUUUUGGAUGAUGGGAUGGAUCGGUUGAGGGUUUCUGGGAGUGCUGGUGGGAGUCGGAAGGAGGUUAAGUGGGUGCCGACGUCGUCGCAGGAGAAGAAGACUGGUUCUUUGGAGGUGGAUAUAGGUCAAACGCCGAUUUCGGAGGUUGGGAAUUCAAGCGAAGGGGCUUUCUUCCAACCUCCUACAACUACGGUUUCUCCUCAGCCACCACCAAUGGCAUCCCCGACUUCUGUGAAGCAAGAUUGA